AUGUCUAAAUCACGUCUUCCUCUCUACCUCGGUCUCACCGCAGCCGGUGCUGGUGGUUACUAUCUUUACAAGUCCGGCGGUGACGUCGACGCGGCCACUGCGCGCGCAAAAGCUGAUGCCGAAAAAGCACGUGCCAAAUUGCCUGGCACCAGCGAGGCCGAGCACAAGGGCAAAGAAAUUGGCCACAAGACCACUGCCUAUGUCGAUGAGAUUGUCGACUCAGCACACGCCAAAGCCAAGGAAGCCAACAACCGCUUCGGUGAAGGCGCCAAAGAAAGCCUCGAGAAAAUCGAAAAGAUUCGUCAGGACACAGCCAAGCAACUGGGAACAACUGUUGACAAGCUAGACCGAACAGUGGAGGAGAAAGCAUCGGAAGCGAAGAAAAGUGUUUCUGGAUGGUUUGGAGGAUCGAAGUAA